AUGAUGCAAAAGACAUGUGAGGACUAUUGGCUCUAUGACAUGAACUUGGAUCUUUCCAAGAUGUUUCUCAAGAAAGCAAGACACGAGUGUUAUGAGUUUGUUGAGGCCCUUAUGGUGUGUGAGUUGAAAGAUGGGGAAUCUAUGUGUCGUUAUGUGCAUAAAAUGCAGAGACACAUGGAAAGAUUAGAAAAGAUCAAUGUGAACUUCGACAAGGAGCUUGUCAUGGACAUGAGUACUGGAAGAAGAAUCAAACUUCCACCAAAGUCAACCACUAUGGUCAAACCAACAUUCAAAAAGGUCCAAGUCGUUUACUAUCUUUCCAAGAAUGGUCAACUUGAGCACCCUCAUAUCCUAGAAGUCACACAUUUUGUUCAUCACCAGCUUCGUCUCAAAGAUGUGUUGGAGAGACUCAGUGUUCUUAGAGGUAGAGGAAUGCCUUCUCUCUAUUCUUGGUCUUGUAAAAGGAUGUACAAGAAUGGAUAUGUGUGGAAUGACUUGGGUGAGAAUGAUGUAAUUUGUCCAUCAGAAGGAGAUGAGUAUGUACUCAAGGCUUCUCAACUCGUACACCACUCGCCAGAUAAACACGAAUCGCAAAUGGCAGCCCCAAAACGCAGCCAGAUAACACCGAAACGACACACCGAAUUCAACGAAGAGGAAUUAGAUUUUGAAGAAAAGAGAAUAAACUACACAACCACUCCUUCAAGAUGUUCAAGGGAUAUCCUUCCAAAACCCACCAUCGUCACCACACCAUCACCUCCAUCUCCAUCCAAGCGGUUUGAGGACGGCGAUCCUUACCCACCACUGAGUCGUAACUCGGUGCUUCUUCACUUAAUGGCAUGCGGUGGCUCGAUGGGGUUUAAAGGAAAAACAGCUGAUCAUCAUCAUCAUCAUCAUCAUCAACAACCACCACCACCCAACACAGCGGCUAGAAAGAGCAGCUGUAGCUCUAGCAGUUUACAUAAAGAUGUUCUGUGUAAGGCGGCGGUGGCGGUGGCAGUGGGUGUAGGUGAGGAAGACGAGAUAUGCUGCAUGUCGGAGAAUCCACGGUUUGGGAAUUUGCAGGCGGAGGAGAGGGAGUAUUUCAGUGGGAGCAUUGUGGAGACGAUGACGACAGAAGACAGAGUUCAAGUGGAACCCAUGUUGAGCAAAUCAUCAUCUUACAAAGAGGAAAGGAUAUCCAAGACAACAGUGUCAAUGGUGGAGGAUGAAGAGGAAGUGAAGAGAGAGAAAGCUGUUGCAGGGAAAUGCAUUCCGAAGAGAUUUUGUUAAAAGCCCACAAAGAUUUCACAAAGUCUUGAUUCUAUGUCGCAUUUCCGGACUUUCUUUUUUAACUAUUUGUUGUUUUCCUAAUGGACAAAAAACCUGAAACAGGGUGGACUUUGAGUUCUAAAAAGCUGGUAAAUAGUAUUAUUUGAUCA